CCAAUGUGUAAUAGCAUUAACUUCUCUGAGUGGAGUGGGAAUGUUUGAUAUCACUUAAGAUAUCAUGGAUCUCGAUCUUGCACUGCAAGUGAAAACCUGUAUUCGUCGUUGAAAGUAGAAGGAAGAUUAGGAUCUCCAAAAUCAGCAGGACAAAUAAGCAGCAUGCUAGUGCGAAUAAAAUUGAUGCAAAGGAUUUUAGAGCAAUGUAUGUCAUUCGCAUUAGCAUAAUGAUUACAUCACAUUUCUUCUAAUAUUUACAGAGAUCUUUGUCCUUCUUGAGAACCAUGCCUAAGCUUGGAUUGCUUCGCGCUGCAUCAUCACAGCAUCCGAAAACAAAAUCUUAAAGCAAACCGAGAGACAGAUUGACGAUGCAAGAAAUGGGAGAACUGAGUCAAGAACCGAUUCGCAGAGAAGCGAGAGCGACUGUUUUUCUGCUGACCGUUUUUCUGUUCUGUAGUUUAUUUAAGUCAAUUAUUUGGUAGAUGAGUCUGUUUUCCACUUUCCACAUCGGGGCUGAAGAAAGAGAAAGGAGAGAAAUUUACACAAGGAAUAAUGACGAGAAAUGAUGAUGAUGAUGAAGUUAAUACAAUACCGAUCCAGAUUGCCAAGGAGUGGUUAGAAAGCACCGCUCGUGGUCAAACUGGUCGUGAGAUCGAUCGUCAAGCUCUUCAAAAUCUCUACUCUCUUCAUGUCCAGAAAGGCUUGAUCCAGUGCAAUUUCGUAGUACCCAAAAGCUUAUCUGAUAGAGAUGGGAAUUGGCGUGUAGGAGCAAUUGCAAGCCUCAUUGACUUGAUCGGUGCUUCUGUUGUGCAUACUAUACAUGGAAAUAUCCAUGUUUCUGUUGAUUUCAAUAUUUCAUUUUUUUCUACUAUUAAGGUUCAGGAAGAAGUAGAGAUUGAAGCUAAAGUAUUAGGAGAUAAAGGAAGUUUAUUUUCAUUCACGGUGGUGAUUAGAAAGAAAGAAAAUGGUGAUUUGGUUGCUGUUGGGAAACAAUGGAUGUCUCUAUAUGAUCUCAAUCAUAGAAGUAAAUUGUAAUUGGAAAUUUGGAACUCUUAAUAAACCGAUUUCCAUUGAUGUAAUUGCUCGCGUUAAAUCACUUCUUAAUACUCUUUUAUUUGUA